AUUCCUAUAGAGAGAGAAUACACAACACACACACAGAGAGACUGCUGAACCAACAAGAUAGAUAAACAAAACAACAACCUCUGCUAUCUAUCUGUCACACAAAACUCAACUCUCUCUAACGUUGUUGUAACGAAUCUUCCUAUGACAACGCAUUCAAUUUCUUGACCUAAAUUUAUUCCCUUUCUCUUCACCAGAUGAUGUUGUCUAGAAUGGAAAGUGGUAAGAAGAGUAGUGGGGUUUCUGGAAAUCAAAAGAAAUUGUUAAAGGAUGUUGAAACUAUGAAUAAAGCUAUGUACAUGGAUAGAAAUGUUUCAAGGAGUUCAGUUUCUGGUUCGGGUUCGAAUUCUAGGUCUAAAGUCGCUGGAAAAUCGUUAUUUCCUGAUCCAAAACCGAGGGGUAAAGGAAGUAGUAAUAGUAAUGAUGAUAAUGAUGGUUUGCAGAAGGAUAAAAGGUCUAUAUGGAAUUGGAGACCAUUGAAGGCACUUUCGCAUAUUCGAAAUAAACGGUUUAAUUGUAGUUUUUAUCUUCACAUACAUUUGAUUGAAGGGUUGCCUUCUACUUUUAAUGGUUCGAGUUUUUCGGUGUAUUGGAAGAGGAGGGACGGGGUUUUGGUGACUCGUCCGGUUAAGGUUGUUCAGUGUGUGGCUGAAUUUGAUGAGAAGUUGACUUAUACUUGCUCGGUUUAUGGAAGUAGGAGUGGACCUCACCAUUCAGCAAAGUAUGAAGCGAAGCAUUUUUUGCUUUACGCUUCUCUUCUCAGUGCACCGGAGCUUGAUUUGGGUAAGCACCGAGUUGAUCUCACGAGGUUGCUUCCUCUCACUUUGGAGGAGCUUGAGGAGGAAAAGAGCUCGGGGAAGUGGACUACUAGUUUCAGGUUAUCAGAUAAGGCUAAGGGUGCCGUGAUGAAUGUCAGUUUUGGGUAUACAGUUGUUGGUGAUAACACCAGCACGGUCAGAGAUAGCCAUAAUGCUCCUAAUGUAUUGACUUCGAGGCAGAAUAGUCUUGCUUUGAUGAAACCAGAUGCUAAACAAAAACAGUUUGAUGGAAGCAGCAGCAUCAGGCGUGCCGGAAGUUUACAAAACUUUAGUAGUCGGUACUCGUCUCAAGCUGUAGAAGAAGUAAAGGAUCUUCAUGAGGUGUUGCCAUCGUCUAAAUCUGCACUAGCCAGCUCAAUAGGUGUCUUAUAUAAUAAAUUCGAUGAAGAAAAGGCAUGUAGCUCUCUGGACAAUGAACCUGAUCCUGAUUUGUCAAAAGAAAAUCUCGAGCCAAUCAAACCAGAUGCAUGUGCUUUGUCUGAUAUCGGAAAAGAAACACCCGAAGUCCAUGCAGGUAAUGAUGAAAAUACAUGUCCUCUGCUCGACACACCUGAACUCGAUGCAUUUCAAGAAAACCUGGAGACAGAUGAACCAGCUGACCAUCUUUUACUUGAUUCUGGAAAAGAAAACAUUGAAGACUGUCAAGAUAACAAUGAUUUUUCCAUCGUUGAUAAGGGUAUUGAAAUCUCACCAAUUGAACCUGUUAAAGAAGAAGAGUCACUCACAAAGGUUUCUGAAGAUGCUUCUACAGUUGAUAGUACUUUUAUCCUUGAUACUGCAGCACAAGGAUCAUCUGAAGAUAGUUUUAAACAUGAUGAUUCUCUUGAUGAGUCAAAUGAUGGUUGUAAGUAUCAUGCCGUGGUAGACGAAUCUGCUUGCGAAGAGGACGACUUUUUGACAAAUGAACUGCUGCAAGAAUUAGAAUCAGCUAUAAAUAGUGUCUCCGAUUUGGAGACAGCGGCUCUAGAAUCUCCUAAAGUUGCAGAAUUUAAAUCUGAAUAUGAGAUGAGAAAGACACAUAGUUUAGAUGAUGUUACAGAAUCGGUUGCAAAUGAAUUUUUAAGCAUGCUAGACAUAGACCAUAGUCUGGAAGGUUUGAAUUCUGAAAGCGAGCCUGAGUCUCCAAGAGAGCUUCUUUUAAGACAAUUUGAGAAGGAAGCUCUUGAUGGGGGCUUCUCUUUAUUUGAUUUUGAUAUGGACUGUGACGAUGAAGCAGAUGAUGGCUACAAUGCUUCUAAUGGAUCUGAGCAGUGGAACUUCUCUGAGGCUACUCAUUCAUCCUUGUUCCAACACCUGCAGAACGAGCAUCUAGUUGAGUCUCACAAUGUGAAGGGCAAACAAAAGGCUCAAAUGCUAGAAGACUUGGAAACAGAAGCCUUAAUGCGUCAAUGGGGAUUGAAUGAGAAGGAUUUUCACCAUUCUCCACCGAAAGAUUAUACCGGUUUAGGAAGUCCAAUUCAAUUACCACCUGACGAGCCUCCGACAUUGCCUCCUCUUGCCGAGGGGUUAGGCCCUUUUCUUCAGACAAAAGACGGGGGUUAUCUACGGUCUAUGAAUCCUGCAAUUUUCAGGAACAGUAAAGCUGGUGGGAGUUUAAUCAUGCAGGUUUCCAAUCCUGUCGUUGUACCCGCAGAAAUGGGUUCCGGGAUAAUGGAAGUUUUACAGUGUUUAGCUUCAGUGGGAAUUGAAAAACUCUCAAUGCAAGCAAAGGAGUUGAUGCCACUUGAAGAUAUCACUGGGAAGACAAUGCAACAAGUAGCAUGGGAAGCUAUGCCUGGGUUAGAAGGAACAGAGAGGCAAUUCCAUUUGCAGAAUGAUUCAGUAACAGGUGAAGAUACUUCUUUUGUGCAAAGGGACUUGAUAGGAACACCACCAUCUGGACGGAAGUCUGGCAAUUUUAAUUCAAGUUCGCUGGCCAACCAAACAGGUUCGGAGUUUGUUUCAAUUGAGGAUCUUGCCCCAUUGGCUAUGAACAAAAUUGAAGCACUUUCAAUGGAGGGAUUGAGAAUACAAUCUGGGAUGUCGGAUGAGGAAGCACCGUCUAACAUUGUUGCACAAUCCAUCGGGGAAAUGUCAGCUCUCCAAGGCAAGGGCAUUGAUAUUAACGGAACCCUCGGCAUGGACGGAGCUGCCGGUUUGCAGUUGAUGGAUGUAAAAAACAGCAGUGAUGAUGGUGUUGACGGGAUAAUGAGCCUAUCAUUAACUCUUGAUGAGUGGAUGAAGCUUGAUUCAGGUGACAUUGAUGAUGUAGAUAAUAUCAGUGAGCAUACUUCCAAAGUUCUUGCAGCCCACCAUGCUAACUCUUUCGACUUUAUCCGUGGGAGUUCAAAAGGAGGUGAUAGGAGACGAGGAAAAGGCUCUAGCAGAAAAUGUGGUUUGCUAGGAAACAAUUUCACAGUAGCAUUAAUGGUGCAGCUUCGCGAUCCUCUGCGAAAUUAUGAGCCUGUUGGAACACCAAUGCUUGCUCUUAUACAAGUUGAGAGAGAGUUCGUCUUACCAAAGCAAAAAAUAUUCUGUAGUGUGUCCGAGUUACGGAACAACAACAAUGACGAGGACAAUGAGAGCGAAAUAGUAGCAGAGGUGGAGACGAAGGACACUGAUAAAGAGGAGAUACUUCCUGAAGCAGAACUCAUUCCUCAGUUCAAGAUUACUGAAGUUCAUGUAGCAGGUCUUAAAACUGAGCCUCAGAAAAAGAAGCUUUGGGGCACCUCGACGCAGCAACAAUCCGGUUCACGCUGGUUGCUUGCUAAUGGAAUGGGGAAGAGCAAUAAGUUUCCAUCAAUGAAAUCAAAAGCUGCAUCUAAGUCUAUUGCGCCGGUUACCACAAAGGUGCAGCCUGGUGACACCUUGUGGAGCAUUUCUUCGCGUAUUUUUGGUUCUGGAAAAAAAUGGAAGGAUUUGGCAGCGCUAAAUCCACAAAUAAGAAACCCUAAUGUCAUUAUACCAAAUGACACUAUUAGACUUAGUUGACUUAAAGAGUGUUCAUAAUUCAGUUUUUUCUUGAAGAAGACAUGUCCUUGUUCAGUUAAUUGAGCCACCAGUGGAGCCUGUGUGCAGAAAUUGUUCGAUUUUGUUAGAGCAUCAAUCAAACUGGACUGGUCCUUCAUUUUUGCAAGGUAUGGGAUAUGGUUAUAUAGAGAAAACAGCAUAUGCAUAAUGAACUUUUAGCUGUAAGCUAAUUUUUCUUUUGUAAAGUCACUUUUUUGUUA